AUGGGUGUUCCCAAGUUCUUCCGCUGGCUGAGCGAACGGUAUCCCGCGAUCUCCAUGUUGAUCGCGGAGAACCGGAUACCGGAGUUCGACAACCUAUAUCUUGACAUGAACGGCAUUAUCCACAACUGCACACACAAAGAUAGUGACUCUCCGACCUUCCGAAUGACCGAAGAUAAAAUGUUUAUAGCCAUCUUUAAUUACAUCGAACAUUUGUAUGGCAAAAUCAAACCGAAGAAACUUUUCUUCAUGGCCGUGGACGGUGUCGCACCACGUGCCAAAAUGAAUCAACAGCGCGCGCGACGAUUCCGGACAGCCCUAGAUGCUGAAACGGCGAAAGAGAAAGCAAUUGCGCAAGGAGUCGAAAUGCCGAAGGAGGAUGCUUUCGACAGCAAUUGUAUUACUCCAGGUACGGAGUUUAUGGCAAAGCUCACCGAGCAACUGAAAUAUUUCAUCAGUAAGAAGAUAUCUGAGGAUAAAGACUGGCAAGGCGUGGAGAUUGUGCUCUCCGGCCACGAAGUGCCCGGUGAGGGUGAACAUAAGAUCAUGGAAUACAUCCGGCACGCGAAAGCGCAACCUGGAUACGAUCCCAAUGUUCGCCAUUGUUUGUAUGGCCUUGAUGCUGAUCUGAUCAUGCUUGGUCUACUUAGCCACGACCCUCACUUUUGCCUUCUCCGUGAGGAGGUUACAUUCGGCCGACAGGUGCAGAAAAAGCCUAAGGAGCUUGAGCACCAGAAUUUUUAUCUUUUGCAUUUAAGUAUGGUUAGAGAGUACCUAGAACUGGAAUUUCAGGAACUCGAGGAAGAGGGGAUCAUAAAUUUCCCAUAUCAAUUUGAAUCCGUGAUCGACGAUUUCAUCCUCAUGGCGUUCUUCGUUGGAAACGACUUUUUACCCAAUUUGCCGAACCUUCAUAUCAACGAAGGUGCAUUGUCGUUGAUGUUCAAAGUUUACAAAGAGACUUUGCCCAAGAUGGGAGGCUACAUCAACGAGCAAGGUACGAUCAACCUUGAACGACUCGGUAUGCUUCUGGAUGGAUUGAGCCAUGUGGAAUACCGUUUCUUCGAAAGCGAAUAUUCAGAUGCGGCGUGGAUGCGCGCAAAGCAGAACGGUGACGAAAAUGGCGCUGAUGCAGACGCAAAGCCCAAAACAUUUACCGUCACGCCUGAUCAGAAAAACAUCCUUAAGACGGUUAAGAAGUAUGUUUUGAACCGACCUGGAAAGGCGGCAGAUUCCAAGCCUCUUGACUUUCCACCUACGCUCCCGGCUAAGGACCGUAAGUUUGUGGAACAACUCGCUGGUGACCUUCGGUUGCCUUGGAGUACAGUCUCGAAUGAUGACGGAGACCGAUUCAUGCGAGUUCAAUUCCCACCCAGUGAAGACGAUGACAGCGAAGAGGAGGAAGAUGAGGAGGCCUCUAUGGCGGUCCAGCGGAUCAUCCGCAAAUAUGAAAACGCCAAGGUCCAAGAAUUGUCCGCGGAGGAUGCUCAAGCAGCGGCUCAGAAGAAGUACGAAGAGAAGUUCCAAGAUUGGAAGGACAAGUACUAUACGGAAAAAUUCGGCUGGGGCCUGGACAACCAGGAGGAAAUGCGAAAACUGACGGAGAACUAUGUGCAAGGUCUUCAGUGGGUUCUAUUCUAUUAUUACCGAGGCAUUGCAUCCUGGCCGUGGUUCUUCAACUCCCAUUACGCCCCUAUGAUUUCAGAUGUUAAAAAGGGAUUGAAAGCGGAUAUGAAUUUCCGACUCGGGAGACCGUUCAGACCUUAUGAUCAGCUCAUGGGUGUGCUUCCCGAUCGCAGCAAGAAAAUUGUUCCCAAGGCUUAUCACGACUUGAUGUCUUCACCGGACUCUCCGAUUAUUGACUUCUACCCUCGUGACUUUGAACUGGACAUGAACGGGAAGAAGAUGGAAUGGGAAGCAGUCGUCAAGAUACCAUUUAUCGAUGAGCGUCGCCUCCUGGACGCGCUCGCGACGAGAGAGCACCUGUUAACCCCCGAUGAGAAAUCCCGGAACGGCUUUGGGGUUAGCCUCAAAUUUGUUUACUCGCCAGACACACAGUAUACCUACCCCUCAUCCUUUUCCGGGGUCUUCCCCGACAUCCCUAAUUGCCACUGUAUUGAAAACGUUUUUGACCUGCCGACGAUGGACGGGCUAGAACCAUAUGUUGGUCUCGUUGAUGGUGUUCAUCUUGGAGCAUCAGCCUUGGCCGGUUUUCCUACUUUGAAGACAUUGCCUCACGUUGGACAAUUGGGAUUCCACGGAGUCUGUGUCUUUCAACAAGAAAGUCGCAAUGAAAGUAUGGUAGUUACCGUACUUGACCCGGGAAGUCGGUCUAGCUCUGAACUAGCUAAGAAGAAGCUUGGACAGCGAGUUUUUGUUGGAUAUCCAUUCCUGCAAGAAGCACUGGUCAUCCGCGUCUCCGACGAACUAUUUUCAUACACUAUCCCGGAGGGAGAAGAACACCCUCUUGCCACCCCUCAUUCGGAUGUCGAGAUCGAGCAAUGGAAAAAGAAGGCGGACAAGAUUGAGGGUAUCUACAGCAGGAGAUUUGGCACUAUCAUUGGUCCUGUCGAGGCCAUGGUGCACGUCCAGCUUUUGAAGGGUCUCAUAAAAACCGACGCAGGUGCUACCGUUAAAGAAUUUGCGGACAUCCCCGGACAGGAGACGGAUUACGCAUUGCAACUUGUUGUUGAUGAAGUGAUCAACCCGGAUGAACGAUUUAUCGAACGGGAAGCUCUACCGGUUGAGCAAGAGUUCCCAGAGGGCUCGCGCGCAUUUUUCCUCGGCGAUUUCAAUUACGGUAGACCUGUUCAUAUCACUGGUCAUGAUGAUGGUAAGGUGAAUGGACUCAUUGCUUCUAUCAAGGGUCGUGAGCCCGAGUUUGGAAGGGAACGUGCCAGGAGCGCGGAAGCUCUUUGCCCAUAUAUGCCAUCCUUUGCGAUCGCUAAGAAUUUGCGUUUGAACCCCUUGGUUUUGGCAAAAAUCACCUCGUCGUUCUCGGUGGAUGUUGAGUUCCAACGCGCUAACCUGGGACUCAACCUGAAAUUUGAGGCUAGGAAGCAAAAAGUUCUUGGAUAUUCCCGUCGCGGAGACUCUGGCUGGGAAUUCAGUGCAAAGGCAGUUGGCCUGCUGCAGCAAUAUAUGAUCAAAUUCCCAGAGUUCAUCGCGGGUAUACAACGCAACCCUCGGAAUGAUAGGUAUCAGCCCACCGACUUUUAUCCAGCGGACGUUGCACUCGAAAAGAUAAACGAGAUCAAGGCCUGGCUCAAGGAAAUUGAAGCGAAGAAUUUCGAGAGGGUUCCUUUGGAGGCCGAGCAGCUUGAUUCAGACAUUGUGAAACUCAUUGAGCAGGAUGCCGACCAACUUCUAAGGAGCCAGCCGCCCAUGGAAGCGAAGAAGAUGAGGGAUAUUCCCCGAAGUGGGCUUCUCCGCCCAUCUGACGUUGAGCACCGGCUUGGAAACCAGACUUUCAAGCUUGGAGAUCGUGUCGUCUACGCCCAGGACUCCGGAAAAGUUCCUAUCGCUACACGAGGAACGGUGGUUGGACUCACACGGACACCGAGAACUAUUUUGCUCGACGUUGUUUUUGACGUUGCCUUUAUGAGCGGCACAACCCUGGGAGACCGAUGCUCUCCAUUCCGCGGGCAAACCGUUCUGGCAUCAUCUGUCCUUAACGUUUCCUACCGACAGCUCAUCGCCAGCACCAGGGCAGCGGUCAACCAAAAGCAACAAAACCAACCCUCUCCUUUGACUGUUGCAGGGUACGGUGCGCCUUUGGGCCCUAGUGGUCAGGGACAGCUGAAAGAAGCUCCCGCUCCGCCACCACUUCGAGGCUCAUUCCGUGGUGUGAUUUCUGGUGCGGCGGCAAGGGGGCGUGGUGGAAGUAAUGGCACCACAACCUUGCCUUUCCGGCCGCAAAACGACGUGAACGGCGGCGCUCGUGGUGGCAGAGGUCGAGGUGGUCGCGGAGGUAUGGCGCGUGGACGUGGUGGUUAUGUCUCGGUGGAACAUACUGACCCCGACGCUGGCGUUGUCCAGAACAACCCGAACUUCCGGCCAAAGAACUAUUCCCAAGUUCCUCCACCUAAUGGUUUAGAGUCGCGUGGUGGACGAGGCCGAGGCCGAGGCCGUGGUGCUGAUCGAGGAAACGGUUAUCGAGGUCGGGGAGGCAACCGUGGAAGAGGCACGGCUGCUACUACUGGAAACGCGUGA